AAUCAAAACAAAAACAAAGAAAAAUUAGUUUCCGAAAUUAUUAAUGAAAAAGUGUUUCUUUCUCUAGUUAUAAACGAGCAAUCAUAAAAAAUGAGAGAACAAAGUUGAUCAAAAAGAUGACCAAUUGAUCUUUUGAUCAACUAAUUUAUUUAGUUGCUACAAUUUACCUCAUCAUCAAAAUAUUUCCAUUGCCAAAGUUUACUUGUUCCAUAUAUUGCUGUUGUCCAACAUUUUCAGUCCAUCUUUACUUUGUGACUUGUGAUUAUUGUGCCUAAACCAUGGCGGCUACAGAACCCCAGGGUGAUCCAUAUGAUAUUUGGAGAGCCCUUCAACCUCAAGUUGUUAUUGUUAAUAAUCCAAUGUAUUUUGUUAAAUUAAAACGUGACACCAAAUCCAAAUUAGUAAAAUUCUUUGAAAUCUUCAAGACAUUCACAGAGCGCUGGUUUUCCCAUAUUUUACUUCUUUUUGUCCUUUUUUUGUAUGGCUGUCUUGGAGCUUGGAUAUUUAUGAUGAUUGAGGGUAAAGCAGAGAUUAAAUACAAAGAACCAGUUUCUUAUAUGGUUCAAGAUUUCAAACGUGAAUUCUGGUAUCAAGCGAGAGUCAUUAAACGAGAUGAAAAGGCCAUUUAUCGAUUAAUUGAAUUAAGAAUGAAUGAAUUCGAACGGCAGCUAUUGGAAAAUUUUAAAGCUGGAAUUGAGGUUGAAGUGGAAGAGGUUGCUUGGACCUUUUGGGAUGCUUUGUUUUUCUGUGUAACUAUUUUCACUACAAUCGGCUAUGGGCAUGUAACAUUGAAAACUGAUCUUGGUCGUGGGUUCACAAUGAUUUACGCUUUUAUUGGUAUUCCAUUGGUUUUAAUGGUUUUAACUGAUCUUGGUAAACUGUUUACUCGAGGUAUUAAAGUGAGCUUCCUUAAAAUCCGUCGUUUCUGCUAUGCACAUGGAUUCCGUCGGGUUAGACAAGCUAGUCGGACUGUAUCUGCCUACCAAACACAGUACGUUUCAGGCGCUUAUAAUGCAAUUAGGAAGUUAUCUUCAGUUUCAAGUAAAACUAAAAGGGAAAGCUCAAAGGAACCAAGUGUUGUUAAAGAAAAAUUUGACACUAGUUUAAAAGUUCCUGGUGACGACCUAGAAUCAGGUAAUCCUGUGGAUUCAACGCGUGUAUUCAAAACCCCGAUCAUUUAUCCUGGAGACAUGCCAAGUUUAUUAAGUCCAUCAGGAGGUGGUAUCUCAUCUUUACAGCCUCUUCCGUCAGUAAUAAUAUCACCUAAUCCAACUCCACCAGUGAUGAUAUCAUCAAAUCCGACACCACCGAUGACAGCUUAUGUUGAAUCACGUCCAGGUAGUCCAAUUUCUCCUGAAACACCGGCUCCAUUUCAGGUUGACGAUGAAUUUAAUCUACCUGUUAGUUUAGCAUUGUUUAUUCUGGUACUUUAUAUCCUUCUGGGAUCAUUUAUAUUUACUUACACCGAUGAAUGGCGUCUCUUUGAAUCAUUCUACUUUGUUUACAUCUCAAUGAGUACCAUUGGAUUUGGAGAUUAUGUUCCAGAAGAUUCAAUAUCAAUGAUAGCUUCGUCUAUUUACAUGCUUUUUGGGUUAGCAUUAACAUCAAUGUGCAUCAAUGUGAUUCAAGAGAGGCUAGCUGAAUCAUUUGAGAGUGCCAAAGUCAGAAUUGGUGCUCAAUUGGGUCUUGAUGUCAAUACUAUUACUGGAAGUGGAGUUGGUGGAGCAGGUGGAGGUGAUUUCCACAAUGGCAAGGAAUCGAAAAAAGAAUCUGGCAAAGAAGUUGGAUUUGAAUUGAAAACAGCCGACAUUGGUAGAUCAUUGAGAGAAAGACGUGAACGGCGACGAUCAUCUGAACGGUCAACUUCCGACAAAUCUUCAGAUAUAACAUCAAUUAAAACACCAAAUGAUCAAUUGGAUAAAACUAGUUCAGAUGAUGAAGCUUCAAAGUCAGAUUUUUCUGUGAGAACUUCUGAUCUGUGAACAGCUAAAAUGAGGUGAAAAAAGUUUAAGAAAUAACAAUUACCACGAAAAAUGUACUUUAAAUCAAUCAAAUUGCUCAAAAUAAUCAUUCAGAGGAUAAAUCUCAUGAAACAAUCACCAAUCAUCCUAUCAUUUAUAACGUCAACGAGAGCCAACAGCCUUUCUGAAAGUUGUUAUUUUGUGAUGAUCGCUGGAAGAAUUUUUUCCCUGAGAAAUCCAAUUGAUUGAUUAAGUGGAUCUGGUAUUUCAUCUUAUCCACGGAACCAAGCUGAUCUUGUUUAUGAUGAUGAUAAAAUCAUAAAUGCAACACGCAAUUGUAUUUCUUUAGUUGCUGAAAAUCAACAGCUAUAAAGCUUUUUUAUUUUA